GACCUGGGCCGCGCUCGGGCGUCGCGGGGCGGUCUCUUCUUGCGCAGGAACCGUUCUCCCGGCGCCGGGGCCCUGCCCGGACUCGGAUAACUGCAGGCCGACGACCGGAAGCGCGCGCGGCCAGAGCAGCGUGGCGGUGCAGAGGGAGGAGAGCGAGAGCGGCGGGGCGGCGGACGGAGCGAAGAUGGCGGCUUUCUCGGAGAUGGGCGUUAUGCCUGAGAUUGCGCAAGCUGUGGAGGAGAUGGAUUGGCUUCUCCCAACUGAUAUCCAGGCAGAAUCUAUUCCACUGAUCCUAGGAGGAGGUGAUGUACUGAUGGCUGCAGAAACAGGAAGUGGAAAAACUGGUGCUUUCAGUAUUCCAGUUAUCCAGAUAGUUUAUGAAACUCUGAAAGACCAACAGGAAGGCAAAAAAGGAAAAACAACAAUUAAAACUGGUGCUUCAGUGCUCAACAAAUGGCAGAUGAAUCCAUAUGACAGAGGAUCUGCUUUUGCAAUUGGGUCAGAUGGUCUUUGCUGUCAAAGCAGAGAAGUAAAGGAAUGGCACGGCUGUAGAGCUACUAAAGGAUUAACGAAAGGAAAGCACUACUUUGAAGUCUCCUGUCAUGACCAAGGGUUAUGCAGAGUUGGGUGGUCCUCCAUGCAGGCUUCCUUAGACCUAGGUACUGACAAGUUUGGAUUCGGCUUUGGUGGAACAGGAAAGAAAUCCCAUAAUAAACAGUUUGAUAAUUAUGGAGAGGAAUUCACUAUGCAUGAUACUAUUGGAUGUUACCUAGACAUAGAUAAAGGGCAUAUCAAAUUCUCCAAAAAUGGAAAAGACCUUGGUCUGGCUUUUGAAAUACCGCCACAUAUGAAGAACCAAGCCCUCUUUCCUGCCUGUGUUUUAAAGAAUGCCGAACUAAAAUUUAACUUCGGCGAAGAAGACUUCAAGUUUCCACCAAAAGAUGGUUUUGUUGCUCUUUCCAAGGCAUCAGAUGGUUACGUUGUCAAAUCACAGCACACAGGUAAUGCACAGGUGUCACAAACAAAGUUCCUCCCCAAUGCUCCAAAAGCUCUCAUCGUUGAGCCCUCCCGAGAGUUAGCUGAACAAACUUUGAAUAACGUCAAGCAGUUUAAGAAAUACAUUGAUAAUCCUAAAUUAAGGUUUGUGGUGUUGUGGAAGAAGAAGGUGUUAAUAACAGUUCAUCAGUUUUCAUUAGGUGCUGCUUUUGAUAUUUUUCAGGUAGAUAUAGUCGUUGGAACUCCAGGAAGACUAGAUGAUUUGGUGUCAACUGGAAAGCUGAACUUAUCUCAAGUUAGAUUCCUGGUCCUGGAUGAAGCUGAUGGGCUGCUUUCUCAAGGUUAUUCUGAUUUUAUAAAUAGGAUUCACAGUCAGAUCCCUCAGAUUACCUCUGAUGGAAAAAGACUUCAGGUGAUUGUUUGCUCUGCUACAUUGCAUUCAUUUGAUGUAAAGAAGCUGUCUGAGAAGAUAAUGCAUUUUCCCACAUGGGUUGACUUAAAAGGAGAAGAUUCUGUUCCAGAUACUGUACACCAUGUUGUUGUCCCAGUGAAUCCGAAAGCAGACAGGCUCUGGGAAAGGCUUGGAAAAAAUCACAUUAGAACUGAUGACGUACAUGCAAAAGAUAACACAAGACCUGGUGCUAACAGUCCAGAAAUGUGGUCUGAAGCUAUUAAAAUCCUGAAAGGGGAGUACGCUGUUCGGGCUAUCAAGGAACACAAGAUGGAUCAAGCAAUUAUUUUCUGUAGAACCAAAAUCGACUGUGAUAACUUGGAGCAGUAUUUUAUGCAACAAGGAGGAGGACCUGAUAAAAAAGGACACCAGUUCUCAUGUGUUUGUCUUCAUGGUGACAGAAAGCCUCAUGAAAGGAAGCAAAAUUUGGAAAGAUUUAAGAAAGGGGAUGUAAGAUUCUUGAUUUGCACGGAUGUAGCUGCCAGAGGAAUUGAUAUCCAUGGUGUUCCUUAUGUUAUAAAUGUCACCUUGCCUGAUGAAAAGCAAAACUAUGUACAUCGAAUUGGCAGAGUGGGAAGAGCUGAAAGGAUGGGUCUGGCCAUUUCCCUCGUGGCAACAGAAAAAGAAAAGGUUUGGUACCAUGUAUGUAGCAGCCGUGGAAAAGGUUGUUACAACACAAGACUCAAGGAAGAUGGUGGCUGUACCAUAUGGUACAAUGAGAUGCAGUUGCUGUCUGAGAUAGAAGAACAUCUGAACUGUACCAUUUCUCAGGUUGAGCCAGAUAUAAAGGUACCAGUGGAUGAAUUUGAUGGAAAAGUUACCUAUGGGCAAAGAAGGGCUGCUGGUGGUGGAAACUAUAAAGGCCAUGUGGAUAUUUUGGCACCUACAGUUCAAGAAUUGGCUGCCCUUGAAAAGGAGGCGCAGACAUCUUUCCUGCAUCUUGGCUACCUUCCUAACCAGCUGUUCAGAACCUUCUGAUCCUUACAUACACUGAAUAAGAUUUGAGUAAUAAAAGUCUGUAGUCUUAAAACUCUAAAACAAUUACACUGCUUCCGAGCAGCAGUAUUUGCAGUAACUUAAGCUAACUCUUGCAUGUCAAGAAACAUUAGGCUUAGGAAUUCUUCAUAAAAUGACAACCUAAUGAAAAUAAUAAAUAUGAUGACUAUAUUUUCAUGAAGGUUUAUGUCUUACUUUAAAGUUAUUUGAUAGUUGUCUUUUUCUAAAACAGCUCUGAGUUUAUGCAGUGAAGUUCAUGGGUAUGUGAUUUGUCAGAGGACCUAUGAGGAACCACUAGUGAGUAUAUUCUGAGUGGGGUUUUUCCUAGGAAGUGGUCCUACGUGGCCCCGAUCUUGAGGUGGCUGCCUAGGUGUAUAUUGAAGCCGGAGGAGAGCUAUAACAUGAAAGAAAACUGGAUGAUCCCCGGGUAGAACAGCUUGGUCAGUGGGAAGCCUGGGCUUCCUUAGAGUUGGAACAGGCUUCGUGCCUGAGGAUCAACGGCUCAUUCGGUGACAGUGGCAGUGAAGAUGUAUGUCUGAAGGUUUACCUUUUCGAGAACCUUUCUUUUCAGAUGAUACAAACCUAUGAAGGUAAAACUAUUCUGCUUUCCCUCUGAGUCUUAAAAUUAAAUGCAUUUCUUAGAAAUAUGUUUUCUUGAACCCUCUUGCCUAAAAUACCAGAAGAAAAAGGGAAAAUUUAAAUAGCUACAAUUGAAUUGUUAGUUUGUGCCAUUUGACUCUUAGUUUAUAAAAUAGUUUUUUCAGGGGAAAUGAUUCUGCCCUAGAGAUCCCUUUAGAGUAUAAGCUGUCAUGAGUUCUUGUAUGAUGCUCUGCUAACCUUUUAGUACUGAAGUUUUUUCUUUGAACAAAAUCUUGAGUGAAACUUAAUAUGUAAAUUGUGGGAAAAUCAUUACCAUUAAAAUCAUUGCCCUGUAUAUUGA